AUUCUACUUCAUAUUGUAUUGUGUUGUCAAAUACACUUAUUAUCAUUAUCUCAACACUCAACAGAACAAAACUUGGAUCCUCCCUUGAGAAACUAUGGAGAAGAAAAUGAUAACUUCCAAACUAUUCUUCUUCUUUUCAACUCUCUUUCUUCUUCAAGCUUUCACCGACGCCACUGAUGUUCACUAUUGCGGUAAGAAAGAUAGCUAUGAUGUUCAAGUUAAAGGAGUUCAAAUAUCUCCUGACCCCGUUGCAAGAGGCCAACCUGCUACAUUCACCAUUUCUGCAAAUACAAGUCAAGCAUUAUCAGAAGGGAAACUAGUGGUCGAUGUGUCGUAUUUUGGAUGGCAUGUAUAUAGUGAGACCCAUGACCUUUGUGGAGAAUCAUCUUGCCCUAUUUCGGUUGGUGAUUUUGUGAUUGCUCAUUCACAAGUUUUACCUGCAUACACCCCACCUGGUUCGUACUCUUUGAAGAUGAAGUUGUAUGAUGGAAACAAUAAUGAGUUGACUUGCAUUAAAUUUGGUUUUGAUGUUGGGUUUUUUUCCUCUGUGGCUGAUAUCUAAUUGCAAUUGGUCAUUGAUGUUCAUUUGCAUAUAAAUUAGUUUUACAAACUACCCUUAUAAUACCCGAGUAUCAUCAUAAUCCAGCACGACUGGUAUGUUGAUUAAGAACUAUAAAGUAUGUUUUCUACCUGCUGAGAUUACAAAAUACAAACUAUGCUUCUAGAUUUAUUGUUAUUUUCUGAUUA